GUCAGUAAAGAUACUGAUGACGUCAGCCCAUUGUUUAUUGUUUUAAUUAUAAGACCUACUAAUAAUAAUACAGGCCAGUAUCAUGCACACACACAAUGGCCUGUUUCUGAUUCUCAUAUUUUCUUUCGUGAUAACUUGUAUCCCAGCUUCUGGAAGUUGUGCAAGCAAUCCUUGUCUGAACUACGGCACGUGCACGAAUGUGAAGGGGACGAGCGAUUACCAGUGCAAAUGCGCGGAAGGAUACACUGGAAAACGCUGUGGAAAAGUCAUUAACCACUGCGCCAGCGUUUCCUGUUUGAAUUCUGCUACGUGUGUAAAUAGUCUGCAUACGUAUACGUGCAAAUGUGCGGAAAAAUUCUAUGGACCGUAUUGUGAAUAUGAUGAUGUGCCUGAUACCACAGCUCUGGCAACAUUGAUGGGAUGUAGUUUGGUGUGCUUAGCGAUAGCAAUCGCCAUCAUUUGGAGAUUAACACAUCGUCUCCAGAAGAUAUCUGAAAAUGGGUACGAGUCUGAAAGUCUCAAUGGCGAUACUGAAUCACCAAAUUACCAGGACAAGCCUGGGUUGUUUGACUCCCAUGCCGGUGACUCUAGCAAAUUCGAGCAUGACCCUUUCAAAUUGGACCACGAGUCUUCCAGAUUGGAAAAUAUGCUUUCCAGAAACCACGGCGUAUCCACUAUCGAUGCGUCCAUGAUUGGCGUAUUGUCCACCUAUGAAGAUGGGUCUUUCAAGGAGUACAGAGUGCCCACCGAUGGAGUUGCGUCUGUCAAGCCUACAAGGAUUGAUACGUCGUCCAUGUUUGAGGUGGCAUCUUCCAUGCCAUCUGUGUCUUCAAAGAUCGAUCAGUCUUUAACAUAUAAUACAUAUUACAAAUCUGCUGAGACUUGCAAGGACAAUGAUUGCACCAGCUACGCAACCGAUGAUGGGAUGUACUAUUUUAGACUAUUCCAGUUUGAUGCUGAAUCUACCAUGGCAGAUGUGAAAUCGGUGUCAGACUACUCGCCAGUCAUCGCCAAACGCAAGAUUAAAAUAUAGCGUACUAUUGCCACACGACUGGCUGUUACUUAGCUUAGUAACUGGUUUAGCAUGUCCAUAUACCACUAGGGUUUCGAACACGCCUAUCUAACGAGUGAAAGUGAACUGGAUACGUUUUUAAAAAACGAGUUGUAAGAUAAAUGGUAUCUAGCUGACACGAAUCUGUCCUAUCAUCGGAAUGGCCAUAAUGUAAAAUAAAGUGUCGUUUUACUUCCUCAAUAAAUAAAGCUGAAACCACUGCACUAUCCUAGCUAAAAUUACGUAACAUUCUUCAUCAUCCCCACGCCCUUGGCUGUGUUAAAUCUAAUUACAGUUGUGCCAUUGGAUGGUUUGAUCAACGUUUAGUAAUGUUUUAAGGUUUAUUAUUUAUUUACAUUUGAUUAUUUUGUAACAAAUAAAAAUGUUUGGUUUCUGAGGUU